CAUUGAACUCGACGCACCACGACAAGGAGCGCGACAGCGACCACCUGCCUCUACUGUGCUUCUACGGAUUACCCGUCUGUCUCUCUCCCUCCCGUCUCGCACGACCAUUCGAUCGCCGCGCGCUCCCGCGAGAAGAGGACAGAACGAAGACAGUACCAGGAUAGUACCCGUCACCAGCGGCUUGUCAGACACGUUCCUCUCCGUCGAGACAUACACGGCAGAGCAACCGGGGAUCACGCGCGGCCCACGUCUCGAGUAAAUCACGGAAACGGUUCAUCGCGGUGUGUCACAUUCGUUUCUCGCGUGUUACGCUCCAGAGAUCGCUCCAGUUUCAGUGCUACCGCGGUCCGGUGACCACGAUUACGCGACCAGUGUGUACCGCGCGCGAAUGCAAGCCGUUUCGUCGACACGGGUCAUCAGGAUCACGGUCUAGCGGACCGACUAAGUGCAUACAACGGUGACAUCGUUCGUCGUUGUUGACAUCGAUAGUUGGUGAUCGACGAAACGUCCACAGCCGUCGUGAAGCUAUUCGCGACGUCCAACGUCCCUUGGGGGUUGCCGCCGAGUGGUUAAGGGAGGAUAUACGCGCGUGUGACACCGUUGAACGUUGUCUCUUGCGCGACAAGAGGCACCGUCGGUCUCACCUCCGAUCGUCGACUUCUCCGCUGACGGAGAAAAGCCAUAGCACGGCACUCGGUACUCGCGGCAGUACUGAGUGACCUGCAGCACCCAGCAGUCAUCGAAAAGUGUACACGACGGCGGUCACCACGUACAUCACGCCGUUCAUCACCUCUGAGAAGAUGGUGACAAGGACAAAGAAGAUAUUCGUCGGUGGACUAUCGGCACCGACGACGCUCGAGGACGUCAAAAACUACUUCGAACAGUUCGGCCCGAUCGAGGACGCCAUGCUGAUGUUCGACAAGCAGACCAACAGGCACAGAGGCUUCGGCUUUGUCACGUUUCAAAGCGAGGACGUGGUCGACAAAGUCUGCGAGAUUCAUUUCCACGAAAUCAACAACAAAAUGGUCGAGUGCAAGAAAGCACAGCCGAAGGAAGUGAUGCUCCCGGCAAACCUGGCGAAGACGCGAGCGGCCAACAGAGGCACAUACGAUUUUAUGUGGUCCCUGGGAGCAUUACCUGAUGGUUUCCCAGCGGCGUACGCGGCAUACGCGGCAGGCCGUGGCUAUUCUGGGUACCCUAGUUUCGGACUGCCCUACCCGACAGGAGUGCCGGCAGUGUACUACCACGGAACCGGAAGUGAGAAUGCGAGCCGCGCGUAUACGGAGACACCGAUCCAACACGUCCAACGGACUGCAAUCCGGAAGAAAUUGGAUCUUACCAACGGACAGCUCACCCCCAACAACAACACGCCCUUGCUCACGCAAGCUCUUUCUGUGAUGAACAACUACCAGGCCGCAGCGCAGGCCGGAUUUCCGCCGGCGUCGCCUCACGCGGCCGGCGGCCACGGCGGGCCCCAGGGCCGGUCUUUUCCUGCGGCCAACUCGCCGGGCCCCAUCGACAUGUAUAGUUCAAGCGCCGCAGCCGCAGCAGCAGCCGCAGCCGCGGACUCCGCAGUCGCCAGCUACGUCCAGGCCGCAGCUAGUCCGCAGCCCCCUACGACCGCGUUCCCUGCGAUCGCCGUGUCCCGUGCCCCGCUCAACUACAGUCCCGGUCCUCUAAUACCAGCGGCGUUCACUAAUGGCUACCAUUGAGCCUUGUUAAGACCUAAUAACAGGAUGGACGAGAGGGCAGAGCGCAGCACGGUCGACUGACGGUACAGUGAGCGAUGUAAAUGCCUUGGAAGAACUUAUCACGAUGAACGAUCUCUGGACGGAAGAGGAUGCGUACCACCACGAACACCAACCGGAAGAAUCGCGAUUUAGGUUUAUAAUAUGCAUGUAAAAGAGCGUGAAAGGUUUUCCAACUGCUACGAGCUUGCGAAUGGGUGAUCGAUCACGAGCUCGACAAACAGCUCGGAUCGAUAGCAAAAAUUACGCGAUCUUCGUACGAGACGGCAGAAGAGCUAAUAAAUAAACAAAACAAAAAAAAAAGUAACAAAAAACGCAUUAGGAAGAAAAGAGCGAAGGUGGAGCGACGUGAAAAAAAUAUACCAAGGAAGACAAGAAGGGAAGAAUUGUUCAUCCGAUCCGUGUCCAGAGCGUAUGCGAAGGAAAUAAUUAAAAAAAAGAAAUAACGAUAUAUAGCAGAGAAUCAGGGGAAGUAAAGUGGGAGAGAGAAAUGAAAAAAUGCAAAAGAUACACGAUGGUGGGUGGAUGGGUGGGUGGGGGAAGGGGGGCGUAAAAAAAAGAGGGCUAAAACCUGUGCCGCUAAAACCUGUGGCCGAAACUGCGUUAUUUGAUGCCCAUUCUCCGACAUUAAUAAAGAAUAAUAUAAUAAUAAUAAUGAAUUAAAUUAAUAUUAUUAAUUACUAAACGAUUAAGCGACUAAGUCUAGAGUAUAUAAAUACUAUAUAUAUAAAUAUAUAAAUAUAUAUAUAAAUAUAUAUAUAUAUUAUAUAUAAAUAAUUGAUAAAUAUUAGACUAAAACGUAUGAUCCUUAGUGUUUAAGGGCAAUGAAACGACGAAGACAGGAGGGACAGAGAGAGAGAGAGAGAGAAAGAGAGAGAGAGAAAGAGAGAGAGAGAACGAGAGAGAGAGAGAGAGAGAGAGAGAGGUGGGGGGGGUGGUGAAAGAAAACGGGAAAAAAGAUAUGAAAAGAACACAAGAAAAUACCAACUUACAUACGAAUAUUAUUAAUUAAUUACUGGUUAUUAUGUAUAACAAUUAUGACGUUUACAAUGAUUAACAAAGCAGAAAAAAAAAAUGAAGGAUGAAAGCCGCGGGCGCGCAAACUCGCGCGCAAUAUACAUAUAUAUAAAUAUAAAUAUAAAUAUAAAUAUAAAUAUGAAUAUAAAUAUAAAUAAAACAAAAAAAUAUAUAAUUAUUAUUAAAAAAAAAAAAAUAUACACACACACGCGUACACGUUCGCACCCGGGAAGAGAGCGUUUCCCUUCCGGGGGCUUUCGUGGGGGAUUUCGGGGGUUGCGUUACCAGACGCGCAGGGAUGAAAAAAGAAAUGGAGAGCGUUGGAAAGAAAUUUCUCGAGGACGGCCAGAGAGGGCGAAACGACGCCGCGGAAAAGAGAGAAACCCGAAGGGCUGGAUGCAGGAGGGGGCAGGAGGGGGGAGGGGGAUUAGGUGGAGGACGACGAAGGGCGACCAGGCAGCCCCCGGUGCGGCUUCGCCCUUUUUCUUUGUUUCUCGCGAAACGCGCGUGUCCGCCACUUCUCGACGUGCUCUUUGCCGACUGAAUCUCGGGAAUGGUACUUCUCUCGCCCCGGCGUCGUCGAACCACUCUUCCCUUUUUCCCGGGUGUGCAACGAGGGAGGAAUAAAAAAAAAAAAAAAAGAAAUGAGAGAGAAUGAGGGAGAGCGAGGAACGACGGAAAAGAAAAGAAUAAAGCACGGAAUAAGGAGGCGCAGAGCUGGUGAGAAAGUUACGUACACGCAUAGGCACGCGCGUUUACACGAACGAUGUGACGCCGUUAGGAUUAACAUUUUUCGUCGUUCGCGAGGGGCAAGGUUUUGGGGCGGAAACGCGAGGGCCGACGGAACCAACGACAUCCGACCGAUUCGGUUUCGCGCCGGCUACAGUAGUUAGACAAACGGGAGAGAUAGAGAGAGAAAGUAUCGAACGCGUGCGUGAGUGAGAGAAUGCUCGACUUUUUGAGUAGACACACGCGUCCAUCGACGAGAGAAAAUGGAAUUGGGGGGGGGGAGGGGGGACGACGACGUUGGUACUCGCGGGGUCGCAUGAUGGCGGCUGAAUCGUUGGAGGGAACGCUGGUGGGCCCCGAGCGUUUUGUAUCGUCGAAAAUCUGGCCUCAUUCAAUGCCGAAAUGAUGUCCGUUGAAUUCAAUCGGCUGUUGUAUAGCUAUCCAAUCGAUUUACUUGCAUUCACCUCCGUACAUACAUACUACAUAUUACCCGUACGCGAAUUAUUGUAUCAUUGAUUUGCCAUAAUGGCGUAUAUGCAUGAUCCUAUAGAGGAGCCAACGGGAGACAUAAGCAACGUUCACCCGACACAUAUGUCACACACUGUAAACAUGUAUACGAUAACUGCACAUAUACAUACACACACACGGACACGUGCAAUCCGCGCACUCACACGUGGCGCAUACUAAACGUACACGCGGUUUAACGCGAACACACACGUCACACCCGAAGGAACCCAUACGCAACUCCAUAAAGUUACGCGACACAAGAUUGCAUUAAAGGGAAAAAAAAAAUAUAUAUAUAUAUAUACACACACAUGUAUGCAGUUAUUAUACCGUUCGUCCGCAGUGUACAGAACGUUAGUUGACGGCGAAAUCCCGAAUCGCCAAUUUAACGCGCUAGCGCGCGAAUACGAGAACCGGAGGCCUGGUCGGCACCGCGUGCAUUUUUUAUGGUGCUAAGCGUUUCAUUCGACUGCGUUUACCCAUGGCGUGUCAAGCUCGUAAAAAGUACGAAUUAGUUAGAAAUAACACCGGUGCACGAGGCGUUAUAUAUUCUGUAUUUUCUUGAAGAUGCAAGUGAACGUGAAGUAUUUUACCUGUUUAUUUAGCGUGUUAUUCGGUCUUGUGAAAAUUCAUCGUUGAGAGAAGCGAUUACGGUAGUUGUCGGUUUUUUUUUUUUUUUUAGUUAACGAGUGUCUGCAGGGCCAGAGCGUCUUCUGUAUUCUUCGAAUGUAUUGUAGUCAUUUUAUCUUAUGAAGGCUAACCAUAUCUUUUUUCCCCAUAGACUGUCAGCUGGAUGCGACGUCGUUUAUACAGAUCGAUCGACGCGAAUUAAGCGCUUAGGGUGCAUAUUAAAUGCACGGUGUGAACUAGGUCAGACGACGAUAGGAGGACGCGAAAAGGACGAUACUCCGACGAAAAGCGAGACUGUGCAUCUAUUCUCUGGAUGUGUGAGAGAACGAGAGGGAGAGAAAAUGACGGUACGUGUGCGCGAGAGAGUUGUUAAACUAUAGGAUUAUACGAACACCCGGUCAUCUAAAAUGCCAUCGCGAUUCGAUGUAAAACAUAAAGCGAGCUAGCCAAGGAAAGACGCAAACGUGAGAGUAUCAGAAUAAUUAUGUACGGUAGCCUUAAUCGAGGAACGACUGGACAUCGAAUCUUGGAUUCGUUCGCGCUUCGAGCAUAUUCGCUGAUUGGAGAGGCAAAGAACGAGGGGUUUAUGCGGAUGCUUCAUUCGAAUAUAUUCGCGAUCGGAUUAGGUUAAUUGCGCUCGGGAAGCAGGAAGGUGUACAAAGAUGGUGGAAUGUUUCCUUCCUUUUGGUGCACACGGUAUUACUCGGAUCUCGAAGGCGACUGCUGAGUUUUUCUGUACUCGAUCACUUCGGUGAUUUAAAUCUUGAUACUCGAAUACUUGAGUAUUCGAAUGUUUUGUACACUGAUCAUAGGUAUGAAUCAAGUUCUUUAAGUUCGCCAACCUUAUUUUAAUUUUGUUUAAGGAUGACUCUUUUAGUGGAAGAAAUAGAAAGAAUAUUCAACAAUUUUACGCAAAAUAAUUUCUUAUUUAUGAAUCGUAUAAACGAAGAUUCUCAUUUUCCCACAAAUAUCGUACACAAGAAUACUCUUAUCACGAACCACCGCAACAAGUAUUAUGUAAUUCGUGUAGCAAUAUUUCAAUACCCAAGUAUUCGAAGUUUAUUCAUACUAUUGGAGCCUCCCUACUUCCGGUGCAGAGAGACCGUCGUACAUAGCUCGUUCUGCGGACUGAUUCGCGUAAUUCUGUUGGUAUCGCUGGAUCCCUAAAAGCUGUUUCUCACGGACCUUAUCAUUGAUUACGAAUUAUUGAAUUCCUGCGAGGCGUGAGUCGACGAACGAUUAUAAUUAUAAUUACCGAAGACGACGGAUACACGUGCGACAAUUAUAGCGCGGUCAUUAUUGUAUUCAACAACAGGGUAAACUAACAAACAAACAAACAAAAAAAAAAACAAAAAAAAAUGAAAAAAAAGAAAAAUGAAAAAGCAAAAAGAGCGACGAACUUCAAAUUGGGACGCGUGUCACGUCGAACGGCGGCCAUUUUGUUUUUCUGUGCGCGGGUGUGCGUGCGCGCGAUGAGAAAACCGUAAACGGAGAAAAAAAAUAAAAAGUUAAAUAAAUAAAUAAACGUAUAGUAAAAAAAAAGUAAAAUAAUCGAACGAGUCAAUUGUUGCGAACGUUAGCAAUACUUCGUCAAGACCACAAAUGAUAAAAAAUGGCAAAUAAUAAGUUAUAACGUGAAAAAGAUGAGAAAAAGAAACGAGAAAGAAAAUAAUAAUGUACACGACUAAACUUAUAUCGCGGAUACUAAUAUUCUUAAGAUGGCGACGCGUACGCGCGUGACGGGUGAUCCCGCUCGUCCUCGAAAAGUUGAUGAUGACUCCCUCCCCUCCCGCCCCCCCCCCCUCAGACUGAAAGAGAAAGAACCAUGGAACGAACCCCGAUCGUGUACGUCAUUGGCAGAGAUGGGCAAAAUUCGUAUUCCUUUAUUAUUCUUCUGAUAUUUUUUUUUUUAAUUUCUACUUCUCCUGUAUUUUUGAUCUCUCGACUUUACAUUUUGCUAGGUGCCUUACUUUAUUUUAUUUUUCUAUCCUAUUGACGCUCUUAUUAUUGUAUAUAUACAUUUUUGUCUUCUAUUUUUCUUAAAUCUGUAUUAAUUACACUCUUUCUUUCGCUCAAUUAAAAUAUCUUACGUAGACAUUCAUGAUUCAAUACUUAAAUGAAUAUUUGUUAGUUCACCGUAAAACACAACAUCAGUCGAAAAGUAAAACGUUAUUCGAGACUUUGAUCCAAAAUUCUGGCCAUUCUCAGUCACCGAGUACAACGAUGGCAAUUUCUUGCAAGCGAAACAAAAUGGUAGCUGCUUCGUUACGCACCCAGAGCUAACGCAAUCGAUGCGUUGGAAAAAAAACAAAAAUGGAGUGUACGUUUCUGAUCAAACGUGGUAUCCAGGGAAAACAAUUCGAGCGAAAAGAGGAGGGAGAUGAAAGAUCGGGACAACAUCGACGGACCAUACAUUGGCCAGAGAGAUACCGCAUGAGCGAAUACGAGAAACGAAGAGCUUUUCAUUGGCGAUGCCUGGUUCAGAAUUUUGUUUACGUUUCCAUUUUGCCAUUCGUUUCCCGAAUCGCAUAGGAACGCCUUUUGUUACUUUCUUUUUUUGUCGUUACGUUCGUUCGAUCCACAGAGAAAUGAGCGAGUUAAACUCUUUGCAGCACGAGAGUUUGAAUUGUUUCUGCUCCGACCAGUCGGAGCAAUGACUCCAGCCACUUGAAGCAGCGAUUGGAGUCAGUGCUCAUCAAGCGCACGUGUGGCGUAAAUUGUUGAGUCAUUGCACGUAAAGCAAAUGUGUAGGGUAAACCGCCGAGUCACCGCUCGCCAAGUACAUGCGUGGAGUGAAUUAAUGGAUGCCAGUUAUCACCGAUGAUAAUCACAGUUCGUGAAUGGGGGGGGGGGGGGGAGUUUCUAAGCGAUCGCUCGAGCUAGUCACCGGCGCUGCAAGGAGUUAAACAAGCGUUAAACAGCCGUGUCGGGCGCUUCUUGUAUCGCAAAAUCGCGCUAAUCGUUCCAAUAGACGGGGAGAUGGACUUCACAAAAGAUUAAAUGAAACACACACACACACACACGAGAAACAUGACACUACGGUUCAAAGAACGUGAAAUGUAAUGGGAUCGGUCGUUUACGCGAUGGAUCGCUGCGGAAAGGCGAGACAAAAGACGCGGGAGACACACACGUAUACACAUGCAUACAUAGACGUAGAGACAAGGAGAAGGCAGUCAUAAUUAAGUGUACAAGUUGUAACUUUUCGCAGUUAGGAUGAAAGGCGUGCUCGAAAGGAUUCUGGGUUCCUUGCUAAUUAAACUGUGAACCCAGUCGUCUGGAUUCCUCCCUAUUCGAUUGAUUGAAAAUGACAUUUUUUAGAAGUCCUAUGAUAUUAUAAGGAUUUGUUAUAGUUUCUUUUGACACUUUCAAAAGAUACACGUGUUAUUUUUUUUUUAAUUUUAUUAUAACAGAUGGAAGCAGGUUUGAACCCAGACGACUUUCACCGAGGAUCCUCGGAAAGAGAAUUAUUAUAUAUAAAUGAUAUAAAUAUAUACAUAUUCGAAAGAGAUCUACGAUUAAUUAGAACAAACAAACUGAAGAGAAUGCGAUCGACAUACAGGCGAGUUAAUCGCGAUGGUGGGGGGAGAGAGAAAAGAAAAUGAAGAGGUGAAGCCUGGGGAGGACACAAGUAUAGGGAAAUGAGAACAAAAGCAAACGGAAUAUAUGUGAGUGCAGUCCACGCGUUUAUAUUUAUAAAUAUGAAAUACAUUAAUAUUGAAAUAUUACGUCUAUAUCUACAUCUAGUAUAUAUAUAAAUAUAUAUAAAUAUAAAUAUAUAUAUAUAAAUAUAAAUAUACAUAAUGAACGGAUUGAGGAAGGCAAGAAACUAUAUUAUGUCUAUAUAAUUAAACGAUUAAGGCGGCAAACAGACAAACAAAAACAAAAAUAUGAGGAUUACGGAGAUUAACAGAUAUAUUGAGCCAUUGUUUUAUUGCAUUUGUAUAUAAUAUAUAGUUAUUGAUGUUUUAAAGUGCUAAUUAUACUAUUGUAUUGAACAUUUUUCGAUCGUCACCGAUCGUGUAAAGGAGGGCCGAGCGGGGGUGAGACAGGGGUUGAUAGAGGAUACAGAGCGAGGCUCGGGAAAGUUGAAACGAACGCGAAUGGGAAUGAUACGCUACCCUGGCGAGCUCGUUGUGCGACAUUGCAGUCCAAGUCUCAUAUUUUACGACGUUUCUUUUUUCUGUUUUUUUUUUUUUUUUUCAUUUAACCGGGGACAAUUUUUCGCGAAAGAAACCGAAUCGAUGGCGGCUGAAUUGGUGCGAAGAAAGUAAAGUUCGAAGACGUAGCUCGCCGAUCGGCCGAGCUCGAUCACUCGUCGCGCAAAUUACACACACCCUCACACCGAAUGCAUGUACACGUAUGUGAACACACGGAUACCAAGACACGCGCAUACACACGUAUUUAUAUAAAUAUAAAUAUACACGCGUAUAAGUGAUAAGUAAUAAUUAUGAUAAUCGAAGAAAGAAAUAUAUAUAAACAGCGAGAAGAGAGAGAAGUGAUGAUCACAAUGUAAAGAGAGUGCGAGGGAAGAUGUUGAUUAAUUAAUUAAUUCGAUUAUUGUCGUUCGUUGGUUGAACGGUGAAGUGAAGACAGAAAAGAAUCGGAACCACACGACUAAAACAGAUUUACAAGUAGUAGAUGCGAGUUUUGGUACACGAGCAGACGGCCAAUUACACGUAUCUGGAUACGUACGAAACAAUGCAGUGAAAUAGCAGCUACUGGAAUGGUAACUUAGUCUUAAUCGUCGCUUGAGCGCGAGUAGCGGUUGUAAUUAACGUUUUUCUUGUUCUUGUUACCAUUACUAUUAACGUCAUCGUGGCGAACACGGUUUUAAGGGAAUGGGUAACGCAACACGUGUAUUUCAUUCGUUUUGGAUCCAACCCUUUUUCUCGCACAGUUGAGGAAACUUCAGUUCGUCGUUCCUAUUUUAUUCUGAUCGACAGCUGUGGUCGUGAAUGAUUUCGACCAUCUCACGAAAACCAAGUUGGGGUGUCGUGAUGUCGUUCGAUCGUACAUUUUCUAGAGAAUAAAGGAAUAUCGACUAAUAUUAUAACGAAAAGCCUCACUAAAUGAACGAACGAUAUAAUCAAGUACAUCUAAAUGAUUGUACGCGUUAAAUUAUGUGCAUCAUCUUAACACGGUCUAUGCUUGCAUCAAAAUUCUAUAGAAGAUCAUCAUUCUGACGUAAUCGAUUACGUUCUCUAUCAAUAAUAAAAAAAAAAAAAACAAUUCCUCUUUUGGGACAGAGACGAAUAAACUCAAACGAUUCAAGUUACGUUUAAUUCUAUUUCCUUCCAGACGAUAGCCCUCUGAAUUUUACAUUAUUUUUUACAAAAUUAUAAAAUUGAAUUAUGGUUUAUGUAUACGUGUAAUAUUCGAUUAAUAACCUACUUGAUUGAUAAGCAACUGAACCUACAGGGUUACCAGAUAUCUCCCCUCUCGAAUCUUUUCAAUAUUUCUUCCCCAAACUAUCCAGGCGUUCCCCAUUCGCAUAAUGCAAUAGAGGGAUAGAACUUCUCGACCACGCGACUUUCCCUGCGACAUAACGAGAACACUACUUCUCCAGAGAAAUUUACGCGCGCACACACCGGCACGUGCAUGCAAACACGAUCAAACUCGUCCGAGUGAACCAAACGUGGUUAAAUAAAACUAACUCGUGUUCGAGUAGCCAGCGAGCAUUAAUUGUCAUUCAAACAUAUUCGGCCAUAUUGAGGACUCAUGGAAAUCGAAAAUUUAAUUUACUUAAUUUGUCGAUGAGAGAACAAACGGAGUGAGAGGUAAAAAAUCAAUUAUUAGGCUUCACUUUGUUUCACGGAUUCGUCGAUAUCGAUCCUUCGAUCACUUUCUGCGCACCCUCUGUUUCUUGGCUGCUGAUAUGUUUCCUAGAACGAUUAGUAUAGCGUACUCCAUCGCUGCGCGACGCGAAUCCGCGCUGUUUUCGUUUUGGUUUCCUCAAACCGACACAGCUGACGGGACAGGAGUUACGUGCGUUCGUCGUACGAACGACGCGAUGUCGCAACGUUCGAAUAAAAACAACCCCCGUCGCUCUACGCGCGAUGUGAAUGAGUCGAGUAAGAGAGAAAGAGAGAACGUCUGCGUGAGACAGAGUGUGUGGAACGAACUCGCAAAAGUCCGUAGAUAGAUAGACAAUUUUCGAAACGUCGUUUUCGUGCGUACGAGACAAAAAAAAAACCAUCACCGAAUCUUGCUGCGACCAGACACCCACGCCUUGGGCGUCUCUCUCCUCGCCGGAUGGCUGAAAUUUGUCUUUAACUUCCGGCUUCUGGUGUUCUCUUUGCCUCUACGGACCGAAGAGACAGGGGAAAGCGGUCCAACGAGAUCACGAUCCAAUCGAUGGAAUUUCAAGUCAGUUGUAAUAUAAUCGAUCGAUCCGGGAUCGUGGCUCUCGACGCAGAAAUGGGCAAAAUUAUUGGGAUGGAGGUUUCGAGUAAGGAACGAAAGAUGUUUCCUCGUUACUCGUUGAAUAAAAAGUCGAAUUGGUAUCGUAGAAUGAAAAAUAUUUCACAGUGGACGAUUAAAGAUUCGUUCCAUCGAAUAAAUCAUCAUAGGUUGGUUUUAUUCGUCGUUUGUUCGGAUAAUAUUUUGCCCAUUUCUGGCUUGACGGCGUUUAAGUGAAUCGUCGCAGCCAAGAUGUAGGGUAAGGGAUCCUACAUAAGAGUUACUUUUACUCGUGCGUCAAGGGAACAUGUGGGCUUUACGAAGAGCUCACGCGUUUAUCAUUAUUAUUAUUAUUAUUAUUAUUAAUAUUAUUAUUAUUGAUAUUAUUAUUUUUGUUUUUCUUUUCUGUUGACUUAUGUAUUGUAAGAAUUAUUAUUGCUAUUGAUCAUUAUUACGACUAAUGUUAUUAUUGGAUGGUAUUGCCACAAUACGUCCGCUAUCGUUUGCUAUCUGUCAGAAAACGCAAUAAUCGCUGUGUUACGAAUACGAUUGUCCGUUGUAUUCGAGGUGACUUCGUUUUUUCAAGUUUUUACCGUGAACGCGGCUCCAAGGAAAUCGCACGGCUCGUUUUGCGUGACCAAAACGAGAUUAAUCCGUGUAACUUCCGCGUGCCAACGCUCCAAAACGGUGAUCGAAAAGGAAACAAACGAUUAUAUGUAGAAAAAGUGUUCCCCUCGGAUCGGUAGGGGAAUCUGUUCAACCUUUUCACUGCUGAAUCGAUCAGUGGUAGAAAACGUUUUGUCGUAUUAAUUUCACACUUUACUCUGUAACAAUUCUAUUUAUAGAUAUAUGUAAAAAUUGAGCAAACGAGUAAAAAGAUGUUAAAAGAUUGUCCACGAAAGUCGAAACGUUUAUAUACCUGGUGUUCUCUUUAAUUUUAGCGUUUAGAUUAAUCUACUCGAAGGCAGCAGUUAAAGGGUUGACAUAAGCAUCGAUGGACCGAACGCUCGUCGCUCGUUACCAAUUUUAGCUAAUUAAAAAAAAAAGUCCAAACCAACGGCGAACCGAGCGAUUCGUUGGGGCCACGGGCCGAACGCAAUGUAAGCGUAACCUUCAUACGAUAUGUAUGUAUAUAAUAUAUUAUAUAUGCAAGCGCAAAGCAUAAUUAUUACGAUAAAUAUAUUAAUCAUGUAAUUACACGUGCACACGUUCGGAUGCGCAGUUAUUUACAUGUAAUCUGUUAAUAUUCUUCCUGCGUGCAACAAGGACAACAGCCACGAGCUUCGAUGAAGUUUUGCUAACCGUCGUACGGCGACCGCAUACGAGUUUUGAUUCAAUACUCUCGCUGUUAUCGAAAUUAGUUUCAUCUAGGCGCCCGUCGGAACGUUCGCGCGAUUGUCCUGCGCUCGAUUCGCUGGAAACGGUGAAUACUGGAACCCAUUCAAUGCGCCAGCAUCGAUGGUCCGAUUCGCGCGUUGAUACUUCACUAGUCAAAGCGUGAAAAUUUCGAUAAUUAUUUCUCCCGUUGAUAAAGGACUGCGAAACGAGCAUCGAAGAACGUUCUCAGCCGUUAUUUCACACUUUUCCGUGCUCUCGAACCGAUUGGUCGAACGCUUUCGUGACCCUCGAUGAAUCUUCAACCCCUUUCACUCCUAACAUUCGUUUUACUACCAAGAUCAUACGCAUAUUAUACAUGUGACUGUAUUAUUGUAUUGGGUUGAUUCAUUGGUUUGUUCACUUACGAUUCAUUUUCAAAUAUAUUAUUAUAUAAUAAAUCUUAAUCGAUUAUAUAAUCACCAUCGUCGAUUAUCACUUGUUCCUAUUCAGCAGGCAAAUUAAAAAUGAAUACCUACAAGAGGUUCCUCUGAGAGCAUGAUUAUUCGUUACCUGCAGCGGGACAUAUUUAUGAAUCAACCCAAUAAUUAGAGGAAGGAAGAGCAAGUUAAUUUGUUACUUAAAAUAAUCCUAUGUUACCAUAGUAAUCCCUUAAACGCAUUCACGUGUCAGUGGAAAGUGGACGUGCGAAUCCAAUUAGCCAUAAACAAAACGUAGAAGGGAGUGCAAGGGGUUAACAAUCUCUUAUCGUCGUUUUGCGUUCCUCUUAUACCCGCAGUACGCGACUCGGUUGCACGCUAUUCAGUCGCACGACGUCUACACUCUUCGCCUAUCGUGACUUUCUUCGUUUACGCUAUUAUAUCAUCGCUCCAGUUUUGCGGUAAAUGUUCGGUACCCAUUCGUGCAACCCGCGAAGGGAAACGCGAUAGCAGCCAUUACGCAACGUUUCUUCCUAGGAUACUCUUCCCCAUCGUGACUGUGUUCGAAUCGGUCAAAACCGAGUUGUUACACUUCAAAACGUUCGUUUCGCUCGCUCCCAGACAGAAAUGGGCAAAAUUUUAGUCGAAGAAUAUAAAAAAUAUUUAUUCAAUCGAAUAGUUAAUCAAAUAAAAUUGUCCUCGAUGUGAAAUACAAUUUCGUUAUACAAUACACGACUUUAAUUUUUAUUAAAAACGGUCGAAAGUUGUUUACCUUGAAUUUGUUGAAUAUUAUUCGAGAUAUUUUAUCUACAUAACAAUUUCGCCCAUUUCUGCUUCCAGAUCGGAGAUACGAAUCGAUACAUAAGAGCAAAAUCGCGUAUCUUCGGGAAACCCCGUAGCAGUCGUGGUCGCUGAACAAAAAACGAAACGUAUUUUUGUUCGCGUUACUCGUUCAUUCACCUAUUUCACGUAUCAAAAACAGAUCUUAUUGGGAUCCGCAAAUUUGUUUCGUAGCUUAACGCUGUACCCGUCACUGAUACACCGUUCGAUUCUUUUUGUCGCGAUAUCCUCCGGCGUUUUUUUUUUCUAAUUUUUUUUUUAUUUUUCUUCUAUCGAGCAUUUAGCGACGACGUUAUUACGAUAUCGUGAAUUGUGCCAUUUACUCCCCCGUUGUUUUCUCUUCUUUCUUUUCAUUUGAAAUUUCAUUUUACCUCCGCGGCACGAAACAAACAGUCACGUUAAAACGUACACGCGAACAUACCUGAAUUACACGAGCACAAUUUCAUUCUCCUCUUCUGCAAGGUAAACGGUGUAAAGAAGAAAUAAACAUAAAUAAGAACAAAAAAAAAAAAAGAAAAGAAACAAAAGAAUAAAAAGUUCUCGCGGAACUUGUAAUACGAAAUUAUGAGAGAAGAACAAGAAGUCUGAGAAGCAAUUUUAAAUCGAUUCGAAAUUUUUAAGGGGAAGGGGGGAGGGGGAGGGGAGGAAACCUCAUCGUGAUCGUUGUGUGUAUGUGUGAGAGACAAAAUAUAUAGUUAACGAAUUUCGAGCACUCGCUUCUCCCGAUUCGUCGUCUUUACCUUUGUGAUAUAUUUUUCUUUCGUUCGCGGAAACAAACGAUGAACACACACGCAAUUCACAUACAGAAAUACACACCACAGACGCAUACCCCCGAAUGUUUCGUGUACACGGCAUGUUAUGAAUUCCGGGAGCUUGUGAAUUCUCUCGUCGUUUCGCGAUCGUCGCGCUAGGGAACUAUAAUAGUCGCGAUUCUGUUGCAACACGCGGCACGGAACGAGAAACUUUUUAAAAAUAUUUUUUACGAACGCCUCGCGAUGAGACGAGCAACAAAAAAAGAAGGCGGAAUAGCAUGAGAGAUGAUGAAAAAAAAAAAAUAAACAAUUAAAAAAAAAAACGGAAGCUCGGCGGCAUGGUACAGCUUGCGAUGAGGAAACUUGCAAUAUAACAAGCAAUAAAUAAGCCACUUUUAAUUCCAUGUAUAUUAAACAAUUAUGUGGAUGCUUAAUGAGAUUUAUUGAAUUAAACGAGCAAAACCAACAACUAAGACGAAAUACCGAUUUUACAUAUUCUUACUAAUCGUAAACGAUUACAAUACGUAUAGUACGGCAUAACUAAACAGAAAAAAAAAAAAUUAUACGAUUAUGUAUCGAUUUAAAAAGAGCAGAUAAAGAAAAAAAAUGGUAAAUAAAUAAUAAUUAAAGAAACGUGCGCCGACGGGCGACCGUUCGGCGGACGGGUAAUCUAAUCUACAUAAGUAGGUAAAGGUUUCAAUUUUACACUACCGAUAAUAACGACAUAACGGUAAGGCUCUAUAUAAGAUAUAAUGAUAAUUUAUAAUAAUUAUAAUGUUGUACAGAAUAUUUAUGAAAGGCGCGCUGCUGGCGAAAGAGCCGCGCGUUUCCUCUGUGUUCGUUGGUCGCGUACCGUGACGAUAAAAGACAUGAAAGGGGAAAGGCGUUGAUGAAAUGGGGAUGAAAACGACAAAAUAACAAAUAGAGAAACGAGAAUAACGUUUGCCUUUCGCGUAAUCAAUAAAUCGUUGGAAUUAUUCGUGAAUCAAGGAUCGAAAAUUUCCAGACAUUUACUAGUGUGCGUGAAACGCGCGACUCUCUAUCCAAAAGCGGCCAGACUAUAAUGGAUGUUUUGUAAGAUAAAGCAAAACGAUCACGGAUUAUAUUGAGAUCGUGUUCAGAGAAGUGUAUAGUCGAAUUAACUCGACGACGCCUUUCUCGGUGGAAGAAAUAUAACAAAAACAACAAAAACACGAAUGACGAGAAACGAGAAAUGCGUACCGCGGAUCAUUUCUUCCGCGAAUAUUUGAGCGUUCGCGGCGUUGUGGUGGGCGAAUUACGGCUCCCCGAGAUUGAACGGGGGUGGAGAUUAAAAAGAUAAAAAAAAAAAGUGAAGCAAAAAAUAGAAACAAAAGAUAGAAAAUGAGAGAAUUUAUCCGCCGCGGGUGUGGCGUAAGAAAAGGCCCAUAAUCUAAUUCAUUGUGUAUGUAUACAGACAAAAGUAAAUAUAAUAUUGCGAUUAUAAAUAUUAAACUAAUAAAGAAUAACAAUAUUGUAUCCCUCUGUACAUAUAAAUAUAUAUUACAAUACGACGAUUAUUACUAUAUGAUUUAUUAUAAAUAUAUAUACAUAAAUAUAAAUAUAUCUCAUAAAUUCACAUUAUUAUGUUUAUUAUUGUUUACUUAUUAUUAUUAAAAUUAUUAUCAUUGCGAUGAUAACGAGGAUGAUGAUGAUUAUUAUUAUUAUUAUGAUAAUAUUAUUAAUAUUUAAGAAAAGGUUCACAACGUGCCGUGUGUAUGUGGGAAUAAAAUAUAUAAUAUAAUGGA